AUGCGCCGCCGGCGAGGGGGAGGGCGACCGAAUGCAAAGGUCGAGACAACUCCCAGCUCGUUCGAUGCCCUGCAGAUUGUUGGAUGUAAGGAUGACGUGGUUGGGCCGAUCAUCAGAGGAAGCUACACUCUGCAAGAGAAGAACCAUGACCGCCCCGUCUUCCGAAAAGAUGAGAAGGUGGGAAGCAAAGGCACCACGGAUGUGUUGCUCUACUUCUGGGACGACAAGGAGUCCCCGGACUUCAGUGGCUGGUGGUUCGGCCCCCAGAUCGGUGGCGACGAGGUCUGGGCCUUUCAUCCCGACACCACAGCCAAGAGUCCUCCCACCAGCGGCUGGCAAUGCCCCUUCGACGGGCCCAUCGACUCCAGCAUCGAGAUCGUCCCGAAGCUCGUGAAGGGCGCGCAGGCGCCGGGCCGGCAACCGGGCACUGCCCGGAAGGAGGUGGUCACAGUGGUGCGCACAGCGGCGGAACAGGAAGCCUUGAGACAGAAGGAGCUUGAACUGAUGAGACAACAUGAGCAGAUUUCCAUUCGUCUCCAAGAGGAACGGGAGAGGCUGGUGAUCCAAAGACAAGAGGAGCUCGAAAGAAGAAAGAUCAUGGAAGCUGAGAGGAAGGAACGUGAACAUCACGUGCGCCUCCUGCUUCGAAGAGCCUUAGAGAAGUUACGGCUCGCAAAGCCGGCCACCAUCAAAGAACUCACCCUCGAGGUCGACAAGUUGAUGGUGAAGGAAGGUGAUUUGCUCGGGCGAAGCCUGCGAGUUGAGGCGGAAAAGGUGAAGCAUGAGGCGAAGUUGAGAGUCUCCAAGAUCGCCCAAUUCCUUCAGCGUGCAGACAUGAAGAAGAGGGAGGCUGAAGAAUCGAAGCGUCAGCAAGAGGAGGCCUCGAAAAAGCUCAUCGAACAGGUGGGAGAGGACGAAGAAGACAAGUUUUCUGAUAUACAACGUUACUACUUUAUUAUCUUUAUUACCAUUUUCUUUCGCAGAACGCUCCUUGGUGUGAUUCUUGAGUCAACUGAUUAG